AUGUGGGCGUUCAAGGUCUUGCCCGCCUUGUUCGGUGUGGUUCCAUGGUUCAAAUCCACGGUUUCUACUUCCAACAUCGAGGCCGUCGUCGUCACUCAUCUAGUGCUCGAAGCGCCUUUCAUCUUGCCAACUGUCACUGUCACCGAGACAGUCGGUAUCCCGGCCACUCCCAUUACUCACGCCAUCCCCACUAUCUCCUCCACUCCUACCCCUCAGUCUAGUCGUCCUAGGCUCAACCUCUACAAGUACUCCUCGCCUGACCACAGUGAGUCCCGCUAUAGGGCCCAUAAUCGCGUGUCCACUGCGCACGCGAUGGCGGUACCUCAGUACUCCAAGCUUGACUUGGUUGUAUUCCUCGUGACCAUCUUUGCCGUCACCAUCAUGGCUUGGUGGGCCACUGUCUUCGCCAUGGGCAAAGGCCGCGCCAUGCGGAGCCUCGGCCAGGUCCUCCCAGUUAUCAACGAUUCCUUUCAGCACACUGGAUGCCGCAUUGGAUAUGCAGGUUUGCUCCUGGGUUGGUUUUGUUUGCUCACCGACUACUGGUUCAGAUGGUCAGAAGGAUACAUCGUAUGGCCAAGGAUCUUCAGUACCUUCCUGUCGUACCCACUUAUUCUCAUCGUUCACACGCAACUGCCACCCUCUAAAUGCAUUCCUCCCCUUUGUUGGAGGUUUGUCAAGACGGUCGUGAACGGUAUAGGACAGUGGUUCACUAGACAAGCACACGACUGGUACGAAGGCCGAACAAGCAAGCGUCGUAUCGACGAGAUGUUUGAACGACAUAUGUCCGUAAUCACCAUCGGAGAAUGUCUUUUUCCGGGCCUUUACGACACUUACCCAAACCCGGUGACCUGGUCCCAGAUAUUCAAGGCCAUCGGGACAGACCUUCUAUUCUUCUUUUGGAACUUGAUCAUUGUCGUGAUCAAGCUCCGCAUCCGAUCUUGGAAGCAAAUCAUACCACACAUGCUGGACGCUUUGCGAGUCACGGCGCAAGUUUGUUUCGGCCUUGAACAUGAGGAUGUCUCUUGGAGAAUCUGGAAAGCAGGCUAUGUGACCUUUUUGAGAGGCGUUUGUACCAUCUGCUCCAUGGCCUUGGAGCUUCUCAAGACAUUUCUCGGUAUGAUUUGGGUUGUGCUCGCAAUGGGCAAAGCCGCCCUCAAUCGUUCCCGCCUUCGUUAUCUGAACACAUCACUACCUGACAAUUUGACGAAAGACGAGACCGAGGCCUAUGGAAACAAAGUCCACGAGGCUUAUUGCAAAACAGCGACCUACGACUGGACCCAGACCGCUCUGCUGUUUCUUGCAUAUCAAGCAGCGUUGGAAGACAAAGAUGCGUUGCGUUCACAUACCGACGACAUCAUCGCAUUCUACAGCGCCAUCAGCCAAACCAUUCGGAGCCCAGAGUUUCUUCAGAUCCUCGAUCGAGGUAACAUGACUAUUUACAAGGACUACCGUAAUUCCCUCAGCAUCCUCGCCAAGUGCGCCCAGGUCAACAUCCGCACUUUGGAUAUAUGGGGACCCAAGGUUGAUGAUGUCGCCACGGCUAUGGAAGCCAAGUUUGUUCCUUUCGAACGCGACGAGAUCGUCAAGUUCGUCGCUGGGAUGCAGUUUGGUGCUUCGCCGCUUCGCCAGCAUAAGACGGCUUCGUUCCCAAGGAUGAGUGAGUGGACGGCUGAUCCUUUCCUGACUGAUGAGCCUGCGCCCCGGUCGAUCUGCCUCCCGCUCACGAGGAACUUUGCCUAG